UUGUUGACAAAGGCCUAGUUUUCGUGUACACUUGAGUUUUAAGUCUUUAACUUGCUUUGUGUAAGGACGUUAAGUUUAAAGUUUGAGUAUAAUCAACAUUAACUCCAAUAUCAAGAACCCCCCGAGACUAUUUGCUGCUGUAACCAACUUAAGAACUUACAUUUAGUUCAUACAUUUAGCCAUAUGCUAGUCGGAUGGAAUAUGUAACAUGGUGUAACGUAGCUCAUACCAGGAAUGACAGAAUUUGGCAACACAUUACGAGGUUUAUGAAUACAGUAAGUUUGUUAAACUCUAAUUGCUAAUUAAUAAGUUCUAUGAAAGUAUAUGGAAUAAUUUUACGACUUCAUCCACGAGAUUUUAUUGACAUUGUCAUUGUUAUUGAGCAUGGAGUGUAGGACACCAUACAAGUAUAUUUUCUGAUUCUAAAACGUCAAAGAGUCGUCUGUAAAAACGCGAGAAUUGGUAAAAUAUUAUGUGCAUGUCCACUUCCAAUCUCAUUGUUUCCAUACUCUACUUGCUACUAGGAACUUGUGUUUAUAUAUGGAGGGUUUAGUUGCUAUCAUUUAUGCAUUGCGAUGGUGACAGAAUAAAAUUGACAAUUAUCUUCCAUGGACAUGCUUUGUGGCAAACUUUGUCCAUGGACAUGCUUUGUGGCAAACUUUGUCAUAAUUAUGGUGAUUAACGUGUAACAAACGUGCAAUUGCAUAAUAAGGUCUCAGCACUGUGAUUAUUGGCAAAUAGAUAACAGGAAGUAUCUGUUAUUUUCGCCAUUAUUUGACAUGCAACAACUUACUAAUCCAACAUUUUGAUGGUCACCUUUUCAUAUCACAUCAACUUGAUCAAGUAAGCACUAACUCCCAAGACAAGAAAAGUGGAUUUUGUACUGCAUUUUGCUGGAUGUCGUAACCACAAGGACCACGGAUUAUGUUAUUCUUUAAAUACUAAUUGUUGAUUGUAGAUUGUAAGGAUAGACGGUUUUUGAUGAUUUGCAGCUUAAAGGUAUGAUGUGUAAGAGGUGAGUACUUUGUCGGCCCCUAGCAACUUUUGUUUGGAAGUGCAUUGUUCUAUCGAUUGCAUAGCUGAUUAGUGUGUUUUUAUUAAGCUUAUGGAUAGAAACCAAAUCAGAAUUCCCCUCGAGCAUUGUUGUUGCAACGUUGGGCACACAGUUCAAUGUCCUAGUGGGUAAGUCAGCAGAUCAUGAACUUGUCUCACGUGAUCCGAGACCGCUGAUCAAAGUUCAAAUAUCUUAGUUUACACAUCAUCCAUUUUCCAAGCUAUGGAGGUGAGAUUCGAUGGCAAAAGGGCCUUGGUGACUGGUGCAGGGAAAGGCAUUGGCCGUGACACAGCCAAGGCCCUGGUUAAGUGUGGUGCUGAAGUGUUUGCUCUCAGUAGGACACAGGAAGACCUGGACAGUCUGGUACAAGAGUACCCAGGUAUCCAACCUGUUCAAUGUGACCUUGGAGACCCAGAAGCAACAAAGGCAGCGGUUGAGUCUGUUGGGCCCAUUGACCUAUUAGUCAACAAUGCGGGGAUCAUAAUACUGCAGCCAUUCCUGGAUGUCACUUUGGAUGCUUUUGACAAGGUCAUGAACACCAAUGUGAGAGCUGUCUUACAAGUUUCACAGAUUGUUGCCAAAGGAAUGGUGGAGCGGGGAACAGGGGGCUCCAUCGUCAAUUUGUCGAGCCUGGUCUCAAAAAGUGUAUUAAAAGAGCAUACUUCAUACUGUGCUUCCAAAGGAGCCUUGGACGUCAUGAGUAAAGUGAUGGCCCUGGAGCUUGGGCCACACAAGAUCCGUGUGAACACAGUUAACCCCACUGUAGUGUUGACAGACAUGACAAGAAAGAUUGGCUAUGGUGACCCUGCCAAGGCAGGCCCCAUACUGGCCAGGAUACCACUGGGCAAGUUAGUAGAGGUUGAUGACGUGGUCAAUGCCAUCCUGUACCUGCUGAGUGACAAGGCAGCCAUGGUGAAUGGGACACACCUGCCUAUAGAGGGCGGCUUCCUCACCUCCUAAUAAGAAAAUCACUUCUUUGAAGUGGUCAGCU